GAUGAAGGUAAUGUUACUAAUAUAAAAUAGUUGUGGUUGUGGGGCAGAGAUUAUUCCGGGUACUCCAUUCUCGAUUACAGGUUCUCAAUUAUGUGCUUGAUCAUUCUCAUUCACCAUCGCUGAUCAAUUUCUCGAAGAAUAAUGAGCGCCGCCGCUUCUAAAUUCAUAAAGUGCGUCACGGUCGGUGACGGCGCCGUCGGGAAGACAUGUCUAUUGAUUUCCUACACCAGCAACACCUUCCCCACGGAUUAUGUGCCUACUGUAUUUGAUAAUUUCAGUGCAAAUGUUGUCGUUAAUGGUGCUACCGUUAACCUAGGCCUCUGGGAUACUGCUGGACAGGAGGACUAUAAUAGAUUAAGACCAUUGAGUUAUCGUGGAGCUGAUGUUUUUAUUUUGGCAUUUUCACUCAUAAGCAAGGCCAGCUAUGAAAAUGUUUCCAAGAAGUGGAUUCCUGAAUUGAAGCAUUAUGCCCCUGGCGUCCCCAUCAUUCUUGUUGGCACAAAACUAGAUCUUCGAGAUGACCAGCAAUUUUUUGUCGACCAUCCAGGUUCUGUACCAAUCACUGCAGCACAGGGGGAAGAGCUGAGAAAGUUGAUUGCGUCUCCUUCUUACGUCGAAUGCAGUUCAAAGACCCAAGAGAAUGUCAAACAAGUUUUUGAUGCUGCCAUUAAAGUUGUGCUCCAACCACCGAAGACGAAGAAGAAGAAGGGAAAGGCUCAAAAGGCUUGUUCUAUAUUGUGAUAAGCAUAUUAGGAAGAGAACCAAGAGUGCCCUUGCAUGCCCCUUCCAUCAAAGCACGCGACCUGUAUGGAGUAUGAGUAGAUCAAAUCUGUGCUUUGUGCUUUUUGAUAUCCAAAGUGUUACCUCAACACUUUUAGGCCUACCCUGUUUUAAUUUGUUCUUUUCUUUCAUUCAUUAAUAAAGGUCCUUACAUUCUAUCUUUGACUUGAUUUUUUUUUUUUUAGAAACAGACAUAUCCCUUUUGUAAAAUCACUUUUGAUGCAAUUGUGUGACAUGCGCACCACUCAAAAGUGGUGGAGCUCAACUACCUGGGCAAUUUUAGUUAUUGGAUCAUGUUUUUUUUUCUUUCUUAAA